AUGGAUAUCCAGAAAGACUGCUGUCCGCUUCGAAUAUUAGCCACUUCUGGCGUGACUACAGAAUUUUGUAAAGAGUUGCUUGAGGCUCAUUUACCUCGAGUAAAUUGCAAAAUGAUAGAUGCUCCUUCUUUGAAUCCAGAGAUUAAAGCUACUAUUAACGACGUUAUUACAAAACGCGUCAAAGCGAUGCAGGUUGAGCAAAUAGGCAAUGCUAUUGCAUGUCUUGGAGAAGCUAUCAAUCCAAUUUUGCUAAAAGACACUAAAAACCCAGUAUUACUGAUAUUACUAAUGGACGCAGGUCGAUAUAAUGCUGUAACCAGACGCAAUUUUUAUUAUGACUGUCUUGAGAAAAGAAUUAACUGA